CAGUUCAGGCCCACCGUCAAAACGCCCCCACUGCUCUCGUACCGGGGGAAGAACGGGGGGGGCGCGCACGCUGGCCCCAGCUAAAACCCGCGCGCACAGGGGCGGGGAGGGCGAGCGUGAUUUGCCCCCCGCUGAGGGCAGGCGGGCCAGGGGAGGAGCAGGCGGGCCACUUUGCCCGGCGUUUGCCUGCUGCGCUCACGUGGGAACGCGCCGCGUCGCAAGCGCUGCUCCGGCCUCCUGCCUCGCAGCAGUUUCUCCUCCAGCCGCGAGGCGGUGCUCAGCCUACCUAGGCGGGCGGGCGUUCAGGCCCGGCGUGCUCCUCCUCUUCCUCCGUCCUGACCCGGCAGCGCCGGAGCAUGGCGGCGGCGUUCAAGAAGGCGGCCAAGUCGGGCCAGCGGCAGCACCGCGAGCGGGCCCAGCCGGCUUCCCGAAAGCGCCUGGGCAUCCUUGAGAAGAAGAAGGACUACCAGCUCCGGGCCGAUGACUACCAUAAGAAGCAGAAUGUGCUCCAGGCACUUCGCAAGAAAGCCCAGGAGAAGAAUCCGGAUGAAUUCUAUUUCAAAAUGGCCCGUGUGCAGCUCCAGGCUGGAGUUCACGUGAUUAAGCAACAGGAAGAAGAGGCUACGCUGGAGCAGCAGAAGCUGAUGAAAACCCAGGACCUGAAAUACAUUGAAAUGAAGCGAGUGGCUGAGGUCAAGAAAAUCGAAAGGCUGAAGUCGGAGCUCCAUCUGCUGGAUGCUGAGGGAAAGCAGCCAAACAAGCACACUUUUUUUUUUGACACAAAGAAAGAAGUGCAGGGAUUUGAUGUUGCUGCCCAUCUGAACACAGCUCCUGAGCUGGUGGGCAGAGUGUACAACCGGCCGACCCUUCCAAGGCUGCAGAAGGAAGCCGUCCAAGGAGCCAACACUGCGGCCCAGCUGCGGAAAUUAGCCCGCCAGAGGAAGAGUCAGUACCACCUCCUGAGGCAGCGCAUUGAGCGAGAACGGAAAAUGUUUGUCGUUGCUCAGAAACUCCAGACGCGGAAGGAUCUUUUGGACAAAGCCCAGAAAGUGAAGCUGAAGAAGGAAACUGUGAAUCAGCCGGCUAUUUACAAGUUCCAGUUCAGGCGGAAACGCUGACUGCUCCGUGCUGGGGGUGGAGUGUGAAGAAAGUGCCGUCCUGGGAUGACUUGGAGGAGCCCCCCGGCCAAGUGGUGUUUUGAAAGGGGGCCACCUCAGUGUAUAAAUCGGUUUUCUUUUUCAGAAUAAAUAGAAUCCUGUAAUACCUA